CUGCAUCCGGAAUGUUUAUUUGGUAUAUCCAUGCACCUCAAUUAGCGAGCUAGUUUAAUUUAAAACUAAAUACAUUUAUUUUCGCAGGUAACGUGAGAAAGAUAAAGACGCCCUACGGAGGCGGAUGUCCCUUUCAGGUGAAACCAUGCUCCUGGAGAACGCAGCGGCCGGAGAUCGACGCGUUUGACAAGAGAGGCCCGCCGACGCUGUCGUCAUGGGAACGACGACGAGCGAGCCGUGCAUCUACGACAAGCUCUCCGAGAGCAUCGACAUCCUCCGCCAGUCGGGCUACCGCUACGGCAUGUCGGAGAGGGAGAUCGAGAGGUUCAUCAAGCAGGUGCUGGAGACCCAUGAGCCCCGGAGAGAGCCGCCCCAGUUCCCCAUCCUCAGAGCCACCAUAAAGUUUGUGGUGGCGGUGGGCUUCCUGCUGGUGGUGGUCCUGGCCUUCGCGUACCCUCACAGCGGCCCCCAGCUGGGUCUGGUCAACCUGGGCUAUUACAACUGGUCGUCCCCCCUCAGCCACGUCCGCCUGCUGUCCCUGCCCAUCGCCAAGAAGUACAACCUGCAAGGUUUCCAUGAAUGGUGGAGUGCCGGCUCUCUCAGGCAGAAUCUGGUCAACUGUUCCGGCUGUGCGGAGAUCUCCUCGGUGCUGGAGGUCCCCGAGAGCCUCCGAGGGACGGUGACUCUGAGGCGGGGGCCGCAGCUCGUCUUGCUAAAGGGCGGGGACUCCCUCUGUGUCCAGCGGCAGCAGCUUGAGGCGCUCUACUUGGCCCACUCGGGCUCCAUGUCCAUUCUGCUCGAGGAGGACGACGGUCGGCCGAACCAUAAUCUGGGACUCCCUCAAGGACCCGCCAACUUCACUCUGCUCUGGAGGUUCAGCUCCGGGACCAGGGAGAAGGUGUUGAGGUGGCUCUUCCCGAAGGCGGAGCUCUGCCCCCUGCUGGACAGUGCUGGGACCGUCGUGCAGCGCUGCCUGGUCACCCACAGCACGAACUCCCAGAGUAAAGGCGUCGCGGUGUUUGGCUGGCUGGUGGUCGGCGAGGGGCUUCCGACGGUCCGAGUGUUGCCGGUUCAACGCUGCCAGAAACACUGCAGCUCCUUCAACCUGUGGCUGACACUCGGAGACAUGGUCUACGCAGACACUCGGUACUGGCAGAUGGAGCUGUUCCCGGGCCGAGGCCAGAACAUCAUCUGCGACGGGUCGGCCUUUUAAGCUUCAGGAGGGAGUCGGAAGCCGGAAAGGAGGACACAAAGGAGAUCGGCUGUGAAUGUAGAAUCUUCGGAGCGUGCCGGUCUUUCUGUGGAGCCCCGCCCACUGAUGCCUUACAACCCUCCGGUCUUCUUCUUCUUUUUUUCCUGACGCUCCUCUCAGCGUCCUCAAAAGACCUGGAAGCCACCGCACACACCCACGACUUCAGUUUGAAAUUAAAGAAAGGGAUCUCGAGCAAGAUCCAAGGGCCUGAGAAAAGAAUUUGAUUGACUUUCGUCCUCGUGUAUUUUAAACUCUCUGCAGCAGCUUCGUUGUUCUGGCUGCGCUCGUGCCAUAGCUUCAAGCAGAUCCCUAGCAAUUAAAACAAAUAUUGAUCAAACCA